AUGCAUCUCGGACUCGUUAUUCUCUCUGCUCUCCCUGCUACCUGGGCCGCCCAUGCCUAUGCCGUCCCCCAGAGCUUGUCAGCCGCCGAGGACAACGGCUGCACACUGCCUGAUACCUACCAUAUCCGCAACUUCAAGGCAGAGUCCAAGGAUGGCGGAAAAACCCUUACUGGCUUCGAUUUUACAUUCCUGGACGAAGACACAGAUCUGACAACUCCCUGCCACAAGAACUCUUCCUCAAAGCCUAUCACCGGGAUGGGCACCGACCGAUUCGCGUGCGAUGACCGCGCUGUCGAGUUUCUGUGGGACGGUGACUAUCAGAAACUUUGGAUGAUGGAGAAGGUCUGCAGCCAAGAGGAUGGGAGCCUACCAUACGAGGCCAGCGGAAGCGUUAUGCUCCCUCUCAAGUGUUCCAGGACUGGCAGUUGCACAACCAACUCAACAGACCACAAGUCCGGUUUCACUAGCCUUCAGCCGUCCAGACAGCCUCCAGUCUAG